UCUGCGCCGCAGCCAAUGGGCGGCGGGGGUGUGCGCGCAGGCCCCGCCCAGAGGCGCCGGGCGGCCAAUGGCGAGGCGCGUGGGCGUGGCCUGUGCGGGGAAGCGCUGUCCCUAUCCCCACACGUGGCCGAGCUGCUGCAGGGCUGCCUGGCCAUCUGGCUGGAGGGGUCUGGCAUGGAGGAGCCCGGCAAGGGCGGCAAGGGCGGGCCCCGCGCCCAGAGGAACCGCUCCCAGGGUUCGGUGGACUGUCCCAACCUAGAAUUCGAAUAUGGAGACGCCGACUCCUUUGCGACUGAACUUUCAGAGCUGUACAGCUACACCGAAGAACCCGAAUUCGCGCUCAACCGGAAAUGCUUUGAGGAGGAUUUCCAAACACAAGUGAAGGACAAGCGUUGGCCGGAGCUGGACGCGUCCCGACAGAAGGCCUACGUGAUGCGCCUGCUGGACGGCCUGGAGGUGGUCAGCCGGGAGAAGCGGCUCAAGGGGGCCCGGGCCAUUCUUUACCUGGCACAAGGGGUUUUUGGCGACUGUGACUCGGAGGCGGGGGUCCUGGACUGGACGCGGCGCAACAACUUCCUUCUGUACCAAAUGGGGACCUUCACGGCCUUCCUGGAGCUGCUCAACAUGGAAAUUGCCAACAGCCAGGCCUGCAGCAGCGCCUUGAGGAAGCCGGCCAUCUCUCUGGCCGACAGCACCGAGCUCAGGGUCAUCCUGAGCGUCAUGUACCUGAUGGUGGAGACCCUGCGCCGGGAGAUGGACACUGACCCCCCAAAGUGGACAGCUGCCCGGGAGACCUUUCGCACCGAGCUCAGUUCUCCGUUGCACGGCGAGGAGCCCUUUGCCCUGCUGCUCUUCACGAUGGUGACCAAGUUCUGCAGCGGACACGCUCCACAUUUCCCCAUGAAGAAGGUCCUGCUCCUCCUCUGGAAGGUCCUUGUGUUCACCCUGGGGGGCUUUGAGGCCUUGCAAGCCCUGAAGGUCCGGCGUCGCCUUGAGCUGGGCUUGGCUCCUCUACCAGAAGACAGCAUCCAGGUGGUGCGGCACAUGCGGGCUGCUUCUCCUCCGGCAUGCGCCAUCGAGCUGGUGGAACAGCAACAGCAGCAGCAAGUUGCGCCUCCAAAGCGGGGGCAUCGCAGCAGGAGGCCGCUGAUGAAGCAGGACAGCCUGGACCUGUACAACGAGAGGGACCCCUUCAAGACGGCGUUGGAGGAGGAGGAGCCUGAGGAGGAGGCGGAGCCUGAGGGGUUGGAGGGCGAGGCCUUGGGCCUCGUGGAGGGGGGGCUGGACCCCACGGAGGGGGAGCCCCCCCUCGCCCCGGCCCCCCCGCCACAGCCGCCACGGACCCCCCUUAAAGGGGUUGCCUUCCCCCGGGGACUCCCCUGGGCCCCCAAAGUCAGACAGAAGGACAUUGAGCAUUUCCUGGAAAUGAGCCGGAACAAAUUCAUCGGCUUCACGCUCGGACAGGACACAGACACUUUGGUGGGUUUGCCACGUCCCAUCCAUGAAAGUGUGAAGACGCUGAAACAGCACAAGUACGUCUCCAUCUCGGAAGUGCAAAUCAAGAGUGAAGAGGAGAUGGAGAAGUGCCCCAUGUCGCUGGGGGAAGAAGAUGUGCAGGAGACACCAUGCGAGACGCUCUACCGGGUGAUGCUCUACAACUUGCCGCAGUACAUGAUUGCCUUGCUGAAGAUCCUAUUGGCUGCAGCGCCGACCUCCAAAGCCAAGACGGACUCCAUCAACAUCCUGGCCGACGUCUUGCCGGAGGAAAUGCCCAUCACGGUGCUGCAGAGCAUGAAGCUAGGGGUGGACGUGAACCGGCACAAAGAGAUCGUGGUCAAGGGCAUCUCCGCUCUUCUGCUCCUGCUCCUGAAACACUUCAAGCUUAACCACGUCUACCAGUUUGAGUACGUCUCCCAGCAUUUAGUCUUUGCCAACUGCAUCCCACUGAUCCUGAAGUUCUUCAACCAGAACAUCAUGUCAUAUAUCACGGCCAAAAACAGCAUUUCCGUCCUGGACUAUCCUUUCUGCACCGUCCAUGAGUUGCCAGAACUCAAUGCGGAAAGCCUGGAAUCCGGGGAGAACAACCAGUUCUGUUGGAGGAACCUUUUCUCCUGCAUUAACCUGCUGAGAAUCCUGAACAAACUGACCAAAUGGAAGCAUUCCAGGACAAUGAUGCUGGUGGUCUUCAAGUCGGCCCCGAUCCUGAAGCGUGCGCUGAAGGUGAAGCAGGCCAUGCUGCAGCUCUACGUCCUGAAGCUGCUCAAGAUGCAGACCAAGUACCUGGGCCGCCAGUGGAGGAAGAGCAACAUGAAGACCAUGUCCGCCAUCUACCAGAAAGUGCGCCACCGCAUGAACGACGACUGGGCCUACGGCAAUGACAUCGAUGCCCGGCCGUGGGACUUCCAGGCGGAGGAGUGCACCUUGCGCGCCAACAUCGAGGCCUUCAACGCCCGGCGCUACGACCGGCCGCGAGACCCGGAGUUCUCCCCGGUGGACAACUGCCUGCAGAGUGUCCUGGGCCAGCCACUGGACCUCCCCGAGGACUUCCGCUACUCCUACGAACUCUGGCUGGAGAGGGAGGUCUUCUCGCAGCCCAUCCGCUGGGAAGAGCUGCUCUGCUACCAGGGGUAGUGAGAGUAUGCGCAUGCAACCAAACAACGCCCCAAGUCUUCCCAAAUCAUUGGUGCUGAAUCUCUGGGGUUUUGGGGGUGGGGGUGGAAAGAGGGGUCCUUCCCUAUCUGGAAGGCCCACCAUAAGUGGAAACAUUAGCCAACUUCAAUGCAAUGCCUCCUUGUCUUUCCCGGUCCUUUCGAUCUACUGUAAACUAUGCUCACGGAGAGCCUUCUCCCGAAUCCUUUGACUCUGGUAUGUCUUGGAACAGUAUUUUUUUUUAAUCCUUACAUUUUCUUCUAUGAUUGCCUUUGUUGUCACAUUUUCCCAAGUCCUGAAUUCCAUACCUGGAUCCUAAACAUCUUUUCAAAUCUUAAGAAUUUUGCCAAGAUCCAGAUUGUGUUGGUUCAUAGAAAGUAUCGGUUUGCAAGUAUCGAAGACUUCAUGCAGCUGUAGGUUAUCUCGUUUUAUGGAUUCUGCAGCGAGAGAGAGAAAAUACUUUUAUUUGUUUUUAUUAUAACUAUGCUUGAAAAUGAGUGGGGGAAGGGGAGUGAAUGCCUGCACCCACUAUGAACAAUUUUGGGUGAUUUUUUUUUACUCCACUUUUGCAUAUUGGCCUCCGUUGUAAUGCCAGAUUUUCCCCCAAUUAUUGAGAUCUGAGCAGAGCAGCACCUUCUCAAAUCUUUCUAUUUUUUGCAGUUAUGCACCAUUUACCGCUGAACAAAUUGGGCCUUUGGACUCUUAAGUAUUGAGUGAUUUGAGGGAUUCCCAAUUCUGCAAGCUCUGCGGUUUUCUAUAAAUCAGUUUGCAAGUAUCAAAAGAUCUCAUGCAUUGGUUUUUAUAAUAGUUUAUUGGAAGGGAUUCUGCAAAGAGAGAGAAAAUAUGUGUUCUCAAAGGCUUUGAUGGGCAGAAUCCCUGGGUUGCUGUGAGUUUUCUGGGCUGAAGGGCCCUGUUCCAGAAGCAUUCUCUCCUGACGUUUUGCCCACAUCUAUGGCAGGUAUCCUCAGAGGUUGUGAGGUCUGUUGGAAAUGAGGCAAGCGAGGUUUAUAUAUCUGUAGAAUAAUGUCCAGGGUGGUAGAAAGAACUCUUGUCUGUGGGAGGCAAGUGUUAAUGUUGCAUUAGGGCAGUUUGAUUAGCAUUGAAUAGCCUUGCAGCAGCAAAUCUGGCUGCUUCCUGCCUGGGGGCAUCCUUUCUUUGGCAGCUGGCCCUGAUUGUUUCCUCUCUGGAAUUCUCCCGUUUUCUGAGCCUUGUUCUUUAUUUACUAUCUUGAUUUUUUGUUCAUUUUCAUGGUUUUCUCCUUUUGUUGAAAUUGUCCACAUGCUUGUGGAUUUCAAAUCCAGGCAGGAAGCAGCCAGGCUUUGAAGCUGCAAGGCUAUUUAAUCUUAAUCAAGCCGACCAAGUGCAACAUUCACACUUGCCUCGAAAAGACAAGAGUUCUUUCUCCAACCCUGGACUUUCCACAGAUAUAUAAACCCCACUUGCUUCGUUUCCAACAGACCUCACAACCUCUGAAGAUGCUUGCCACAGAUGUAGGCAAAACACCAGGAGAGAAUGCUUUUGGAACAUGGCCCCAUACAGCCUGGAAAACUCACAGCAAACCAUAGAAAAAAUACUUUCAGAUUUUAUUAUUUAUUACAGUUGUUUCUGAUGAAUGAAAAACCUGCAUCCACUAUGAGCAGUUUUGGACAAUUUUUCUUGACUCGUUCUCCACUUUUGCAUAUUAGAAUUGCUUUGUUUUCCCAUCAUCUCAGUGAUAUUUUUGUACUUUGUAAAAACUUGCCUCCAACCAAACUGCAAUCUUCCAUUGCUUUAAGGCUGCAUUUUCAAGUUCAGUGGCCCAAAAGGCAGCUAAACCUGGCUAACAUGCCUAGCUGGAAAUCCAAUGUGUGAAUGAAUGUGUUUACUACGUACUGGCAAAAACAUGCAACACUACAAGGCCUUCUUCGAUAUGAAAUGCAAAUAACACUAUUUUAAAUUUGGCUAUUUCCCUUCUCCCUUCCACUUGUUCUACCUCUUUAAAAGGCACAAAAGGGACUCCACAUGUUGAAUAAACAUGCAGGCUUUUAUAUAAAGACAUUAGUUCAUAUAUAUCAGGCAUGGGCAAACUUGGGCCUUCCAGGUGUUUUGGACUUCAACUUCCACAAUUCCUAACAGCCGAUAGGAAUUGUGGGAGUUGAAGUCAAAAACACCUGGAGGGCCCAAGUUUGCCCAUGCCUGAUAUAAUAUAUAGCUCCAGAUGUAUGGACUUUAUAUGCCAAAAAUUGUUCCAUGGAAUAUAAUAAUAUAAUAUUUUAUUACUUGUCUCUCAUAGCUUGGGGCAGGGCACAACACAUAAUAAAAUGCAUUAAAUCCAAACAUAUAUGCAUGCAAUCACCUCUAAUAAAACAUCUGCAUUCUUCCAAAGGCACAAAAAUUAACCUUAUUAUCAUUUUAAGUUGCAAAUGUGAGACAUGGGGGGCCUUUUUGCUGAACAUGGAAAUAUGAGAUUCCUUUAUGUUUUCUUGCGAGAUAGCUCAUUUUUGGGAGGGAGGGGGGAGAAAAGGGGUUUUUAUUACAAGUAUUUUAUUAUUUCAUUGUAGCAGCAUGUUCUACAACCAAUACCGCACAUCGGUUUGCGCCUGUUGUUUAUAAAAGGAUACGCACAAAAAUACGUAUGUACUCUUCCGUUACUGUAACAGGUAAAAAUGUUUUGUUUUCCCCCAAUGUGACUUGUAUUGAUAAAUGAUCUUUCUAGGAAAUGGCCAUAUUAACCAACUUCUAAAGCACAGCUUUAUAACCAAGAAUAAAAGUUACUUUUAAAGCGUAAA